AUGAAUAUAAACAAUGAACACGACCCGGAUCGUAUCGCGGAAAGAGUAUCCUGGUUUUGAUGCUUAUGAAUUGCACUGAAUAGGCAGGUCUUUACAGGCUAUUGAAGUGGGAUUUAAAAAUCUGGGCAUAAAAGGUUUGCGAAGCCAUGAAUAUCUUCUUCCAUUCCCUUUGCAUCUUUGCACUGAACUUCGUGAUAUGUGUCUUAACUGGAAUUGAAAAUUCAACCAUUCACAUAAUUCUCCCGGAAGAUAUGAGAUUGGUGUACUUUGGGGAAUACUACACCGAUAUAUUUCUUCUUCCAGAGGGAAUGCUUGCUUUUGACUCAAGAGCAAGGUAUAAUCCUGACAGAAAUUACAGCAAUUCACUAAAGUCCUGGAAGGCAUCUGACGACUAUCCGUUUAUUGUACCCCUUCUGUUUGAGAAGAAAAACAAAACAACAAGCAUUGAAUAUCAUAUCCAUUUGAGUUCAAACAAAUCAAGUAAAACGUUUUUAAGUAAUCUGGAUGACAUCAUUUCAAGGUCUUUUGUCGGGAUCCAAUCAGCUUCUGUGACUUUAGCCAUAUCUGUAAUGUGGAACACUAAAGAAGUAUCUUGUCAAGACAGAGAGAUAUGUCAGAAUGUAAACUCCAGUCUCACCCUUGCUACGGACGGCCGACAAACAUUUGCCAUGGUAGAGUUAAAUGAUACAAGCCUGCUAGAAAAUGUUUCAAUUCAGUCAGGUUUUAAUUACGGUUACGGAAGAGGGUGGAUUGAUGUAGUACCUUUAGAUCAUUCGUCAGGUCGCCACCUUUACCUUAUUCAUUCAGAAAAACCAGUAAAAGGAGGCUGUGACGUCAGACGUGAAUGCAAUGAUGGUGAAGCAUAUGUAUCACCAGAAGUAAUAGAUAUGUUUGGAGGAAAUAUUCUUGAAGUAUCGGGGCCAUGCUUUUACAAGAAUGACACAAUCAAACUCGUGCUAGGCGACUUUUCCCAUCCGUAUAUCAUAGGAGAUUGUUAUCGUGUUUCGAAAAUAAAGGCGAAAUGUGAGAUUCCUCCACUAACAGCAAGGGGGCGUGUCAUGGUGGGUGUGUCCCUCAAUGAUGGUGCCUCUGUUUCAUACACAACGAGGAUUACCGUAGUUCACCCAACACUGUCAUCCCGCUUCGUUUCCUUGGAAGGAUCCGGGUGGGGUGGGACAUCAGCACGUGGUCUAACCGUUCGUUGGAAUGCAUCGAAGCUGAGUGUUUAUCCUGAAGCACAUGUCGAUGUUUUUCUCGUCGGAUACUCAGAAAAAACAUUCUGGGGGUUUUAUCUGCCCAUAGCCAAGAAUAUACCUGUAUACAAAGGAUAUGUAACCUUUAAUGCUAGUGACGUAACAUGUGACGAAACGUGUGCUGAAUACGAGGCUGGAUUUGUUGCCGUUAAAGUUAGAAAUAUUACCCAUGCAAAUCUUUAUAGAACUAUGCCAAGUGGUGCAAUUCCAUUUGGUUGGCUUAUGAAGAAAUACUUGGAGCAAGAGUAUGGAACACAGUGGUUGCAUGAAAAAUGCACGAAUUGGUACCAAACUGAGGUCAAUGAUAUGCAGUGGAUAACCUCCCUUGACCCAUGUCCUUGCUCGCUUCAACAGGCACUGUCUGACUUUGGAAGAUGGCAGACCGACUUGUCAUGCAACAUGUACAGUAAAACACCGACUUGUGCUUUUCACAAGGGCGCAGUACAUUGUGUUAGGAGCGUCAGUACCAUAGGGAAGGCGGGAAACCAGUGCUGUUACGGUGCUGACGGCUUGUUAAAGUAUUCCGAGGACACUUUUCAAGGAAGCACGCCAGAUAGAUAUCAUGAUUGGGGAGCCGAUCCAUACGGAACUCCUGGGUCCGUGCCCUCUCUGUCACAUGGCCUUGCUGACGUCAUGACCUUCUUCUAUUGUUGUAUCUGGGCGAAUUACAAAGACUGUGAUUUUUACAUGGAUGUUAGGCCUACUAAAGAUUGCAAAGCAUAUAUGCCUCCAACACAGGCCAUGGUGUUUGGACAGUCUCACGUGAUCACGUUUGACGCACUUCCGGGAUUGGUGUGUGAGAACGGAGACUACAUUUUAUAUCAGGAUUCAGAGAUAAUGGUCCAGGGUCGAUUUCAGAAAAACACUCACUCGAGAUCUUCAAUAAAAUCAACAAUACUCACAGCUGUGGGAGUACGAGUGAAGGGGGAAACGGUAGUAAUCAAACUGAAAUCUAGAGAAGUCCACAAAACCGUAAACUACCUGAAUUCCAGUACAUCAGAGCACAUACUUGAUGUCACUGUCAACAAUGAGUAUCAGUUUUACGACAGAGAGGACAACAAAUGGCAAGACUUUGAGGAGUUGACGGUUGUAAACAAUGACGAUCUAUCAAUACGCAGGCAGUCUAAUUUUACCAUUCUUUCUAAAAAUGGCCAUGGUAUCCUGAUGUUUGAGCUAACUGGUUCUUUGCACGUCACUGUUUCUAUAUCCUCAGCACAAAUGGACAAUUCGGAAGGAUUACUUAGCAGAUCAGAUGCCUCAUCUAUGACAACUUUCACGGAAUCCAUUACAAAUAAUGACACUCAGUUUUCUUGGAUAUCAAAAUGGUACGUCAACGACACUCUAAAUCAAAUAAUACCAUACAAUGUAGGAAAUGAGAUGUCAGAAAUCAAAUGUCCGAGACCUCAUCAAAACUUCACAUUCGAAAUCUGUCUUGGUGAUGCACGGUGUCUGUAUGAUUUGUUUACAACUGAAGAUGUUGGAGUAGCAAAAAACACAUGGGAUUCGUAUCAAAGAUACUCUGCAAGCAUGACGGAAAUUUCUAAAGUGCGUUCCUGUGGUUUGCUUAGUGUACCUAGAAGCACGAAGUCCAAUGUUAACUAUUCAUUGGGUAGUACAGUCAGCAUCACGGGAUGUCGUGUUGGAAGUCUAAAAGGCCAAACUGAGUACGUGUGCACUAACACUGAGAACUCCCCAGAAUGGUUACCCAGCGUUACUGCAUCAUGCAGUAUAGAAUCUACAACAAAGUCUUCUAGCACCCCUGUUUCCCUCAUCGCUGGAAUCGUCACCACUGUCGUGGUAGUUCUCAUAAUCCUUGUUACUAUUGUAGUCAUCGUCCAAAGAAGGAAAAGAGAAGAUAAAUAUUCUUUUCAAGGGGAAUUAUGAUACCUACAAUUUAUAUUACCCAUUGGCUUCUGAUGGAAUUUAAUAGUGGUUCAUUUCUCAAUGUGUAUGGACAUAGUUUGAAAUCUUGAUAUAGAACUCAACAAAUAAUUAACUAACGACUUAAGCAAAGACACAGAGCUUGUUUGGGACUUUGGAUGGAUUCCCUGUCCUUAUUACUGUUUCCAUAGGAUAAAAACGCCUGAAGGACCAAGACUUUAUACUCAACAUCAUGUUUUUUAUGUACUGACUUUAAACUAGAAGAAUUUCAUCAGAAGACAAAUAUCCUUAUUUAUAUGUCAAUGUGUGUAUGUUCUGUAAAAAAAAAAAAAUUCUGCAAAUUUUAUGUGAACCUUUAAGAUUAUGGAUGGUAAUUAUGAAAUUAUGUAUGAUACCAAAUAAUCAUGAAAAGCUGCAUUUAAUCGUGUAGCUGAAAUAUAAAGGGUAAAUACAAGGCAUAAUGCCUUACCUUGGGUACAGUAAACACAUGGAUAAUCAGGAUCUUUUAGAAGUAUAUAUGGGUGACAUGUCCAGGAUUUCAUGGUAAGACUUCAGACGAAAAGUUCAUUCGUUUCUUGCAAGAUGAAAAAUAACAAAGCUAUGGGAAACUUUCGUCGAAUUAUUUAUAUGUCAAUGUGUGUAUGUUCUGUAAAAAAAAAAAAAAUUCUGCAAAUUUUAUGUGAACCUUUAAGAUUAUGGAUGGUGAUUAUGAAAUUAUGUAUGAUACCAAAUAAUCAUGAAAAGCUGCAUUUAAUCGUGUAGCUGAAAUAUAAAGGGUAAAUACAAGGCAUAAUGCCUUACUUUGGGUACAGUAAACACAUGGAUAAUCAGGAUCUUUUAGAAGUAUAUAUGGGUGACAUGUCCAGGAUUUCAUGGUAAGACUUCAGACGAAAAGUUCAUUCGUUUCUUGCAAGAUGAAAAAUAACAAAGCUAUGGGAAACUUUCGUCGAAUUCUAACUUAUGGAAGAAAUGAAAUUUGAUUUUCAUAAUGUUAAUUUACAAUAGCAGAAUUUUUGAAGUUGCUAUGAACGCAACAUCACUCAAGAGUAUAUUAGUGUGUAUUGAUGCAAUCGGGAAUGAGACAAAUAUGCAAGGUACAAUAAAUUAAGCGAGUGGAUAUAUAUUGCACAAAUUGUUUAAAAAUUUGAGACCUUAGGAAAGGCGAGAGGUUAGAGCGUUCGCCCCGCAUGCAGAAGGCCCGGGGUUCGAAUCUCGGCCGCGUCACACCUAAGUCGUUAAAACAGGUAGUGACACGCUCGGCAUCAGAUGUGAAUGUCACGGACCCUCGGAGUUGACCUUAAAAACGGAUGACCCGUGUCACAGUAGGUGUGGCACGCUAUAGAACCCUCACUGCUCAAUGGCCGUAAGCGCCGAGAUAGGCCUACUUUUGAAGCUCUUGGUAACGUCUCCAUAUGAGUGAAAAAUUCUCGAGUGAGACCUUAAGCAAGAUACAAUCAAUCAAUAUGAAUAACACACACGGGGGACGAAAAGACAGUACACCCAAAACUUGUCUAAAAGGGUGACUAUAUAUAUAUAUGUGUGUGUGUGUGUGUGUGUGUGUGAAAAAGGUCAAAGACAUGCAUGUGAUGGGUGGAAUUCUAAUGAAAUUGAAUAUAAUCCCUCAAAUAUCAGCCACCAUGACAAUAAAAUUAGCGAAUGAAGACUUGCAUACAUGUGUAGUAUAGGUACAUGUAGUAUUUAUAGCAUGUCGCUAUUUGACUUAAAACGAACUAUAUACUGCCCUCGGUGAUGAAGAAUAAAAUAAAAGGUUUAUGCAAACU